GAAUAAUAUUUGUAGUUACUUUUUAUAAUGGAUGUGGAAGUACCUAUUUUGUCCGGAUAUUUGAAUGUUCCAACACAAUCAGGAUUUCCGCUUCAUCGGAUAUCCAAGAAGAUGAAAAAAAAGUCGGGUCAAAAUAUAUAUUUUCCGGAAAAAACCCAAAAUCGGUAUUAAAGACGUGCAGUAGUACACCACAAAGUAUUUGUAAAACAAAUACACCAUGAAAUCGUGCCAAAAAUAUUGUCUACUUUUUAAAUCAAGCCGAUAUGGUAUAGAACGUUUAGAAAUUUGUGAAUCUAAAGAAGAUAAAAAUCCCAAAAUCGUUACACUAGAAAAUUGUGUUAAAAUUACACAAGAACCAUGUCCUGCAAACUUAAUACAUAUCGUUAAAAAAACAGGGAAUUUAACUUUGAACGCAAUGAAUGAAGAUAGUUUAAAAGAAUGGGUAAAUGCUCUUCAGACAGUGGCAUUUCGAAGUAAGAAUGAUACAAUUUUAACACAAUCGGCAAUUGAAGAGGAUAAUGAUUUAUAUUGCAGUUCAUAUGGUGAUGGCUUAUUUAUAGUUACGUUAAUACCUUCCGAAGCUUCGAUUCGUUGUAAUAUCGAGCCUAAAGUUUAUAUGUUGCAUUUAACUCCAACAGAACUGCAAUUAAAAUCUACAAGCGAUUUAAGCGAAGUAAAAUGGCCAUAUAGAUAUAUAAGAAAGUAUGGCUACAGAAAUGGAAAAUUUACAUUUGAAGCUGGAAGAAAAUGCUCUACGGGAGAAGGUAUUUUUACUUUAGAUCAUACAAACCCACAAGAAGUGUUUCGUUGUAUGUCAUCAAAAAUGAAAUCAAUGAAGAAAAUGAUAUCUGGCGACUGUGUUAAAGAUAGCUAUGAAAACCAACUUCAUGUUGCUGCAUCAAUGGAGGCUGGAUCCCGUAGUCCUUUACCACCAUCUCCAUCUAACCAAAAUACAACAGAAUUUGAGAUAAACUCUACUCAAAGUACUUUUUCUGUUCGCAAUUUAUUUCCAAUAUGUGAAUCGUUCAAUAGUAUGGGUGUAAUGAUUACUCCAAAAACAAUCCCUAACAAGCCACCUCGAAAAAUAAAUAUAACUGAGAAGGUAGCAAACAAAAUGCCUGCAAGCAAACAACCCUGUAAUGAAAAGUUUGUUAAAUUUAACAAUUUUGAAGCAGUAUCAAUUACUUCAUCAUCCGAUCCAAAUAAAGCUGUAGGUUCUAUGGUUGUUUUAAAACCAUCUUGUGAUGAAUAUAGAUGUUCGCAAGAAAUUGAAAAUUCUGUCCCUGAACUUCCUGCUCGCAAUGAUUUGAAAUGUGAGAGAGAUUAUGAAUGUAUUGAAACUAUUACAGAUGCAUGGAAAACAUUGGGUAUAAAUGACGUAAAACAUAAUGAACAUAUAAAUUCUACCGAUCUCAACGAUAUUAUUUGGACACGUGCUAAUUCUAAAAGUAUUACUACUCCAAAAAUUAUAGAUAUAGAUAUUGGAGAAUGUAGUAAAAGUCAUUUGAAUAACACACGUUCCGAUCUUACAUAUGAUCGCCUAGAUUAUUUGUCAGCAAAUAAUAAAACAUCAAAUGGUUACAAAACAAUUGUUACAGUGGCUCCCUUAUCGACUAAAAAUAUGGCAUACAAAACUUCACAAAAUGAAUAUGAAUUAAUAAAUGUUUCAGUACUAGAGUCAGUUCGUAAAAUUGAAGAAAAUAGUUUAGGAUACGGAAUUCUUCGGCAAUCACAAAUCUUGUCAACAUCGCCCAAGGAAUGCGAAAAUGAACAUGGUUUUUCAAAAAACAUAACUAUAAAUGCUGAUUCCAAUUGCUCAGAAAAUAAAACUGACACUUCUAAUGAUACAUUUCUGGAUAACGAUGAAGGCAAUUCUUUAAACUACGCUGUAGUUAGUAAAGGAAAACGUGUAUAAUAUAUUUGCUUUUAUAUUUUAGAUAACCAGUAAACUAUUUACUUAAAAAA